AUGAUUUUUCUUUCAAGUGAUGGGAGUGAGAUUGACAUAACUUGGGAGCCUGGAGAGGAGGAGUAUGACAGUGGGGAUGAGAGGUGGUUUGUGCAGAAUUCUGAAGAAAUUUUAGCUAAGGUAACAAGAAGUCUUGGGAAGCAGUUUGAUGUAUAUGAUGAGGGGGUUUCCAAGGAUCCAAAGGCAAGGUUGACAGAUAACUUGGAUGUGAAUGAGGUACAACUACAAGAAGAAAUUGAGGGAGAAUCAGAUGACCUAAGGAGCUUGGAUGGUUCAUCUGAUGAAGAGGACAAAAGUCCAUGGUUUAAUGACAAAUCUGACUUCUCAAAGCCUGUUGUACUUGUUCAUAGGCUUAGGUUUAGCAAUGCUACAGUGUUGAGGAAAGCUUUAAGAGUGCAUGUCAUACAGAAUAGGUAUGAGUACUAUUUUUUACACAAUGAUAGUACUAGGAUUACUAUUCAGUGUAGGAAUAGGUGUGGGUGCAAGUUUGACACAAAGACAAGUAGGAUGCCUUUGUGUAUAUGCAGGGGUGGAGUGAAGUGUAGUUUCAAGAUCCAUGCUACUAAGUUAAAAAGACAACAGACUUGGCAAAUAAAAACCAUGAAGUUGGAGCAUAAAUGUGUGAGAAGCAGGGAGAACAAGAAGGUCACAGCAGAGUUCAUUGCUGAGAUGUAUCUUGAGGAUUUCAGAACUAACCCAUCAUGGAAGGUUAAGCAAAUCAAGGAUAGGGUGCUUCAUGACUUGGGGGUAGAAGUGACCUACUACAGGGCUUGGAUGGCAAGAUGUAGAGCUAAGUUGAUCAUUUUUGGUUCAGCAAGAGAGCAAUAUGCUAGGGUAUGGGAUUAUGGGAAGGCUGUAAUGAAAUACAACCCUGGGUCUGGUUGUAAUGUUGUGAUUGAUGGCAUUGAAAAGCCUGAGCCUCCCUUGUUUAUGAGGAUGUUUAUUUGUUUAAGGCCUUUGAAGGAUGGGUUCUUGAAGGGUUGUAGGCCAAUUAUAGGGGUGGAUGGCUGCCACUUGAAAGGAGGUUAUCCAGGCCAAAUUUUAGUUGCAGUCUCCAAGGAUGGGAACAACAGCAUUUACCCCAUUGCUUGGGCAACUUGUGAGGUUGAAAACAGGGAGACUUGGGUCUGGUUUCUGGAAUCCUUGAUGCAAUGCAUUGGAAGUGCAGAUGGGGCAGGCUUCACCUUCAUGUCAGACAGGCAGAAGGGACUGGUUGAAGCUCUGUCUGAAGUUGUGCCUAAUGCAGAGACUAGGUUCUGUGUUAGGCACAUUUGGGCAAAUUUCAAGUUGAAGUUCACUGGAUCAGUUUUCAAAGAGCUCUUUUGGAGUGCUGCAAGAGCAACAACAUUUGUUGAGUUUCAGAUAGCCAUGCAACAGAUUAGGGAGCUUGAUGAGGAUGCUUACAAUUAUUUGGAGAACAUCCCCACUCAUCACUGGUGCAGACAUGCAUUCAGUGACAGUUGCAGGUCCAACAUGUUACUAAACAACAUGUGUGAGACUUUCAACUCUGUUAUCAGAGAUGCAAGAGACAAACCUAUCCUCACCCAAAUGGAAUGGAUGAGGAGGUACAUGAUGAGGAGAAAUAAUGAGAAGUGGGAGGACUCCAAGGAAAUCACAACCAACAUCACUCCAUAUGUGCAUAAGCUAUUUCAGAGGAUGAGCUAUGUGGCUAGGAAUUGCAUAAUUGAAGCUGCCAGGGAUGACACUUAUGAAGUGCAGCUGAAUGAUGACCAGGUUCUAGUUGACUUGCCAAAUUGGUCUUGUUCCUGCAAUCACUGGCAAUUAACAUGCAUCCCAUGUAUUCAUGCAUUUGCAUGCAUAAUGGAUCAGAGGGUUGAUGCUGAGCAGUUUGUCCACCCCUAUUACACUAUGGACACUUACAGAGCAGCAUAUGAGCCUGCAAUUCAACUUAUGCCAGGCCUAAAGCAUUGGGAGAGAGUGAACAUGAGAGAGCCUCAUCCACCAGCAUUCAAACAGCAGCCUGGAAGACCUAAACAGAAGAAGAGGAAGCUGGAACCUGGGGAGGGAACAUCUGCAAUAGGAGGGGAGCAGGGAAGAAAGAGGAGGAAAAGUCAUUGUAGGAUUUGUGGUGGAUUUGGCCACUAUCCCAAGACUUGCAAGGGCCCACAUGAACCUGAACCAACUGAGCAGAGAACUGCAGGAAGGCCUCCUUUAAAUUCACCUUGGGUAGUUGAGCAAAGGAAGAAGAGGGAGAUCAAAGCUGCUAAGAAGAGUGCAAUAGGGGCUGGUCCAAACAGCAUUGGGAAUAGGACUUUUCCCCAAGAGCAACCUGGCUGUGAACCAUUGAGUAAGAGGAAAGGUUCACACAGUCAACAAGGGCAGCCACAAGCCAAGCAUCACACCACCCUCUCUUCCAGCCAACCUGAACCCAAUGCUACUGGAGUGCAGACAAGGAGGGCUAAGCUGCUGACUUCCAGACAAGGAGGGCUGACACAAUGA